AUACAACCUUAGUGUAAUAUGUGUUGCCUAUUUAAAAAUUUAAGUAAAUUUAAAAAAGUGAUAGGUUAGGGUUUAAUUUUCAGAUUUAAAAAUUUAAAAAAUAAACAAUUUUAAAUGGUAAAAUGGAACCUCUCGCAAUCAAAAAAUUGGACGAGGCUGUUAUCAAUAGAAUAGCAGCCGGCGAAGUAAUACAGCGACCAGCAAAUGCUCUGAAAGAACUCCUUGAAAACAGCCUUGAUGCUAAAUCCACUAAUAUUCAAAUAACCCUCAAACAUGGCGGGCUUAAAUUAUUGCAGAUACAAGAUAAUGGAACUGGAAUUAGGAAGGAAGACUUUGAAAUAGUGUGCGAACGAUUUACGACUUCUAAAUUACAAGAAUUUGAAGAUUUACAUAAGAUAUCCACAUAUGGUUUUCGUGGUGAAGCACUAGCAAGCAUUUCCCAUAUAGCCCAUUUAACAAUCACCUCGAAAACCAAAUUAGAAAUUUGUGCUUAUCAAGCAAGUUACAUUGACAGUAAAUUACAAGGACCACCAAAGCCUACAGCGGGUAAUCAAGGAACUAUAAUAACUGUUGAGGAUUUGUUUUAUAAUAUGCAUGUAAGAAAGAAAGCUUUAAGAUCUCCGGCUGAAGAAUAUCAGAAAAUUGCUGAUGUUGUUAGUAAAUAUGCUAUUCAUAAUGCCCAUGUUGGUUUUGCUUUAAAGAAAUUCGGUGAAAAUAAUGACAUAAGGACUCCUCAAAAUUCCAAUCACGUCGACAACAUACAAAUCAUUUACGGUAGUUCAAUAGCUAGAGAACUCAUUGAAUUUUCUUUGGAAAAUCAACAAUUCCAAUUCAAAGCAAACGGAUACAUAUCUAAUGUAAAUUAUUCGCCCAAAAAGUUCCAGUUGCUUUUAUUUAUUAACCACAGACUCGUUGAUUGUCAAAGUUUAAAAAAAUGUAUAGAUCAAGUAUACGCAACUUAUUUGCCAAAAAACGCGCAUCCUUUCGUUUAUCUGAGUCUCGAAUUAGAUCCGAAUAACAUAGAUAUCAACGUGCAUCCGACCAAACACGAAGUACAUUUCUUAAACGAAGAUCAAAUUAUCGAAUGCAUUGCAACUGCAAUUGAAACCAAACUAUUAGGCAGUAACAAUUCUAGAACGUUCUUUGCGCAGGCGAAAUUACCGAAAGUUAUGGACUUACAAGUUCUCGAAUUGCGUGAUAAGUCUAAUCCUCCGGCCAAAUCGACGCAAGUCUAUAAUAUGGUGAGAACGGACGCGAAAGAACAAAAAUUAGAAAAGUUUUUCGGCGAAGCAAUAAAAAAAAGCGAUAAAGUAGAAGAGAAAAGAGAACAACCGUUAAAAAGACUAAACGAAUCUGUGACAGAGGAAGAGCUUCAAAAGCACGAAGAAUCGUUUUUGAAUAGAGCAGAAAAUCUCGAAGAUCUGAUUAAUUUGAAUAGAACCGUAGAAAAAGCGAGCGAAGCUGUUCCUGAUAAAAAUAACCCUGAAUCGGCAGACGUUAUUGAAAUUAUAGAAACAUCAGUCGAUAAUGAUGUAAAAGAAAUGGAAAUACCGUCAACUUCAAAGCAUUAUGAACCUUUAAACGCCUCGUUCAUUAAAAAAGUUACAAGACAUGAAACCAAAUUAACGAGCGUUCUGCAACUUCGUAAAGAAAUCGAACAAAACUGCCACAGGAUGUUGCGCGAAACGUUCGCCCAACACGUUUUCGUCGGCAGCGUGGAUCCCGCGCAAGCGCUGAUCCAGUACAACACGAAAAUGUACCUGUGCAACACCAGAGCCAUCUUGUGCGAACUGUUCUAUCAGUUCGUCAUGUACAACUUUCAGAAUUUCGACAGUUACACUUUUUCGAAUAAAAUAUCCGUUUUCGAGUUGGCUUUGACGUGCAUGGAGUUGCCGGAAACCGGUUGGACGCCUGAGGAUGGAGAUAAGGCGGAGCUGUCGAAACGCGUUACCGAUAUUUUGAUCGAUAAGGGGCCCAUGAUGAAGGAUUAUUUUUCGGUCGAAGUUGAUAAAGACGGAAAUAUAUGCAGCAUUCCAAUAUUAUUAGAAAAUUAUUUACCAGAUCCUACGGGUCUACCGUUGUACAUCGUUCGUUUGGCUACGGAAGUCAACUGGGACUCGGAAAUGGAAUGUUUUCGAACUUUCGCCCAAGAAACGGCCAAAUUCUAUGCCAAAGUUCCGAAGGAAACCAAUCAGAACGAGAAGGACUGGCAAUGGGUCACGGAACAAAUUUUAUAUCCGGCUAUAAAAGAGUAUUUUAUUCCGCCUAAAUCGUUUACGGAAAACGGCGCCUUGUUGGAAAUUGCCGAUUUGCAUAAUUUGUAUAAAGUUUUUGAACGUUGUUAAAUUUUUGAGUUACUUGUAUUUUUUUAUUUUUUUUUAUUAAAGCUGAUAUUGUUA